AUGUUUGCACCCAUUGCGCUGUCAUGGAGCUUGACGGCACAAUCAUGCUCGAAGAGAGUUUGGCAGAGCAGACUCUCGCUUUCACAGCCACAAGCAUUCAUAACAGCUCCAGCAAGGUUUGGAAUGACGGGCAUGAAGCCGCCAAUAUCGUUGAGGAGGAACAGAAGGCUGAAUCACAUGCAAGUGCGAUGUCUCAAUCGCCUCUUGUUCGAGCCAGAAGAAGUUGUACCUUCAUCGCAGAGUUCAUGUCUCCUUUACCUUGCAAAGAGUGACAAGCGAGUCACACAUAUCAAGAAGAUCCUGAAACUUGAGAAUGGCCAGAGUCUUCGCAUAGGAGUCGUGGAUGCAGGGAAGGAGGAAGAUGCAGUUCUGGAAUGGCAAGAUGAUGGUUCGCUCAAGCUGCAGAUCUCACAGUCAGCGGAACAACUGUGUGCUCCGUAUACCGCCGACAAGAUCCCGCGCAUCGACCUUCUCAUCGCCCUGCCAAGACCGCCCAACCUCGGGGACUUCUUGGGGAUUGCAGCACAGAUGGGGGUUGCCAAUGUGAUCUUCUGCAAUGCAAACAAAGUACAGCAGGACUACUUCGGCUCCCAUCUCCUUCGACCGCCUAUGUCGAAAAUGCGACAGGCUCUCAAGGAAGGGUUGGAACAAGCUGGCGAGACGUACCUCCCGAAGCCCUACAGGCGGAUCUUGGUCGGCGUCGGGCCCGAGGCCGGCUGGCAGGACCCGUACGAGCUGGAACUCCUAGGGGAGCAUGGUUUUCAGGGAAUCUCCCUAGGGCCAAGGACGUAUAGGACCGAAGUAGCGCUGAUUUCCUUGCUAGCGCUGGCGAAUGAGCGUCUUGAGAUGGUAACAAGUCGUGGUGUCCGAAGUGACGACAAGUCUUGA